UAAACAGCUUCUCCAAGAUGGCUCCAAACGGUAAACAGAGUGUUAUCGAGACAGCCUUGUAAAAGAGACAUAAUAGUCAUCUUUUGGGCCAAUAAGGUGUUACGAAAUGCCCGGGGUUGAAAGUAAACUACCCGAAGGCUGGGAACGUUCUGAAACUACGAGUGGAAUCCCUUACUACAUCGACCAUGAGACAGAAUGUACAUCCUGGGAUCAUCCUGAAAUGGUGAAAUUGCUGCAAGAAAUUGCUACUCUCAAUAAUAUCAAGUAUGCAGCCUAUCGUACUGCUAUGAAACUCAGAGCAAUACAGAAAAGAACCCAAAUGUACUUAUUGGAACUUCCUGUCAUUGCGAGUACCCUUCAAGAAGAAGAUGUUCGAGAUUGUUAUACAGAAAAAACAUUAACUGCUUCAGAUGUACAUAGAAUAGUUACUGCUAUGUUUAUCAAUCAAAAUGGAGACAGGACUAAUUUUAUUGAUAUACCAAUGGCCAGUGACUUAACAUUUAAUUGGAUUCUGAAUACAUUUGAUCAGAAUCGUACAGGAUUUAUACAGUCAGUGUCUUUGAAAGUUGGACUGUCUUUUAUGUGUGCAGCUAAAAUUCAAGAUAAAUAUAAGUAUAAUUUCAAUCAGCUGUGCAGCAAUAAAGGAUGGAUGGACAGAAGAAGGCUGAAGAUAUUUCUUCAAGAAUCUUUACAGAUUCCAAAAACCAUCUAUGAAAGUGCUGUAUUUAGUGGCACAAGUGUCGAGCCUGCAGUCAGAAAUUGUUUUGAAAGAACAGGAGCAGUACUGGACCAGCUAAGCCUAGAGGAUUUUCUUUCAUGGAUGAUAGCAGAACCACAGACAAUAGUGUGGUUACCAACUCUUCAUAGACUGGCAGUAUCUGAAGAUGUUAAGCAUGAAGCUAAAUGUAACAUCUGUAAGAUGUACCCUAUAGUGGGUUUCAGGUAUCGCUGUUUGAAGUGUUUUAACUUUGACCUUUGCCAGGAGUGUUUCUGGCUGGGAAGGACAAAUAAAGGACAUAAGGUUGGACAUCCAACUCAAGAGUACUGCUUGGCUGCAUCUCAAAAAGAGGACUUCAAAGACUUUGCAAAAGUUAUGAGAAAUAAAGUGAGUAAAAAGAAGAAAUCUACAGAUCCAUCUAAAGGAAGAUACAUCUCAAUAGCCAGUGAGAAUGCUGCACCAUCAUCCGAUGAAGAGUAUUCUGUUGAUGGUCCACCCAUGUCUAAUGCUACCACACAUGAUAAACUAGGGUCCUAUGCAGCAAAACUUGGUGAUUAUGAUGAAGAUCAUAACAGAAAAUCUAGAGAUGAAUCUUCCAGAGAUGAUAAAUUGUAUGAUGGUUCUCCAAGACAGGUAUUGUCAUCUGUGCCUGAUGACAUUGAAACCUCUCUACAGUUAUCCAGCCCAGCAGGCAUACAGUCCUAUCUUGAUGUACACCAAAGAGAUGACCUGGAGGAUCUUAUUUCCAACCUUGAGGAUGACAAUAGGGCACUGCGAGAUGAAAUUGAUCACAUCCAUCAGUUACAAUUACAAAAUCUUAGUCUUGAUACUCAUCACACUUCUGAGGAAGCAGAAUGGCUAAGGCAAAGAAAAGAACGGCUCUUGGCGAGGGAGGAAGUACUUGAAUCUCAUAACCAACAGCUAGAAAUACAACUACAUCGUCUCAGAUCUUUGUUGCAUCAGGAUUCACCAUAUUCUUCACGGAGCAAACAUUAUGAGGUAGUUUGUCCAACAAUUCCAUACCAACCAAUGCCAUUAUCAGCAAGAAGUAACACUGACCGUAAAGUACCAGGAUUGUACAUAAGCAAACAUCAAAUGAAUAAAACCCAGCAAUACUCUGUGACUACUCCAGUAUAUCAACAAAGUGAUAACAGAACCAGUGAACUACAACCUGUCACACUCAUUACUAAAACUCCUUUGCAAAGAAACAGAGAAUUGUUGGAAAUUGGUGGGAUGGUUGACUGCAUUGUACCCCCUAAGACCUUAUAUUCAUCUGUACAUGCAAUGGAUGGAAAUAAUCAGGGUGGGCAUAGCCAGUCAUCUCCUGAUACCAGUAGAAUUGUUGGCAAUACAUACAGAGAAACUGAGAUACAAGCUAUUGUAGACAGAAUUGCAAGUUGUUUUCCUCUUUCUGAAGUAGAGUCAGACAUUUCAAUGGAAUUGCACAGUGAUCUGUUUCUUGCUGCAUCAAUGGUCAGUGAAGCAAUGCAAUCACUAGUUACAGCUGUGUCUCGACAACGAGCUUCAUGAACCAUUGAAGUCCAAGCUACAGAAGAUUAUUAAAAGAUUAAUAUAUUAUUAGAGUUGAUGAUGCGACUACAAAUAAUUUAUAUUACAGUCAGACUACCACUUUUCAUAAUACUGUCAGCAGUGUUAUUGUUAUGAUCAAAUAACGAGAACAAUGAAGUUUUGUUAUUUAUAAUUUUAUUAAAUUUUCCCAUCCCAAAAUACACUCAUUUUGAAUUAAUAUUGUUAUAUCAAGAACCUGUAAAAAUGGUCUCAAUCUUCCCAGCAUAUAAAAUCUGUUACACCGUUAUUUUGAUUACCAGUAUUGAGCAUUGGUAAUAGAAUGAUUUUCACAAUUAUAGGCUUUUAGCAGAAAGAGGUCUUAUUAGACAUUGAAAUAUUCUCUAGCAUUUAUGAAUUCAUUUUAUAUAGUAGCAAUACUGUUACCUAUUGGUAUAUUUUUAAUAGAACUUCCUUAUCCAUGGAUAAUUAUAUCCAUCUUUCGUACAACUGGCUCCAUAGUUGCUCAGAAGAAAUAAAUAACAUUAAUGUGAUUAACCUGAAAAACUAAAGUCUGUACAAUAAAUAUCAAUAUAAUAGCAUUCAAGCCCUCUCAUAUUUAGGUUUAAGGCUUAUCCUGUUCAGGGCAUUUUAAACAACAAAACCAGUUCUUCCAUUCUGUCUAUAAUACCAAGAAAUAUUUAAUGUUUUCCAUCUUAAAUAAUUCUAAUACAUGUCAGAUAGUGUGAAGAAUGCACAAUUAACUGUAACAUUAGAACAAUUUCAUAGAACCAUUUUGAACAUGCGAAUGAGUUUCUUUCAAAAAAACAAUCAUUUUCUCUAACCCUGACCCUAAAUUUAUGUAACAGUCGAACUGCCACCAUGCAAAGGCCUUGGUUAGCAGGGUAACACCUUAUCUAAGGAGACAACUAAUUUGCAUAUUAUGUUAAAUACUCGGAAAACUCCUUUGCAUGUUAAAAACGCUAAUGUAAAGUCAUUGUAUUAACAGUUUAUUUUUGUUUAUUUGGCAUUUUGAAUGCCCUGAAGUUCUCUUUUGGGAACUUGACAAAACCUGCUGGGGUUGUGCAGCCCAUUCCCACAGAGAGUCAAAUAUCAGCAAUUAGAGGGCAUAUUUCAACCAAUUAACUAACAUUACUGCACUGUAAGCUCCCUAUUAUUGUUUGACUAUCUAAUUUAUGUAUAUGUGCCCUUAAUAUUUAAAAAUAAAUAUCUGUGUCUAAUUUAGAA